UUUAAUUUUAAUAGCUUGUGCUUUUUUAUUUAAAAGGUUAUGUUCACUCAGUCAAAAAUAUUUUGCCGCCUGCUAUUAUGUCAGUAGCCGUGCACUGUCGUUGACCUGCGGAGCUUUUAUUCUGAAUUUAGUCAAGAUUGCUAGUAAAUAUAUUGGAUAUGGUAUCUAACUAUUCGUGCGUAGAUUUCCUGGGCUUUCAGGGUUUGCCUACAGGAAGCACUUCAAAAAAUGCGCGAUAUAGAUGAUAAAAUCAUUUAUGCAUUGAACACAUCUCUUCCGACAGAAUCAUUUAGAGGUCAAUUAGAUGGAGAAAAAACGUGUAAGGAUUUAUAUUCUCGUUUACAAAACGGUCACCAGGAACGGGAGCGUGCAAUAAGAAAUUGCAUCAUUACGUCUGCAGAGGUAGUAAAAGCAUUACGAGAAGAACGUGAUGCAAAACCAGAUGAUACUACCGUCAAUAAAAAGUUUAAAUCAGAACAACGAAAACUACGUUUACUACAGUCGGAAUUGAAUGUUGAAGAUAUAGUCAAGGAUCGGUCAUAUAAAGCAUUUAAUGAAAGAUGUAGAGCAUAUUUCCAUGCAGGAGCUUUAUGAUUAAAUUUAUUUUUUUUAGAAGUUGCACAAGUGACUGUUUUAUCAGUGGUCAGUGCAAUAAAUUUUAUUUUCACAAUUGUCAACAUUUUUUAAUAAAA